CGCCAUGCUGCAUUGCCGCGUCAGAAUCAGAGCUCAGAGGAAUUAAGGAAGAACCACCACAACCUGCUACCACCAGGUACUUAGCAUACUAGCUAGCAGCAUGGACGUGUACGGGCGUGAGCGCUACGGGGGGUACGGAUACGGCGGCCUGGCUACGCCCGGGUACGCGCCGCCGGUUCCGUACGGCAUGUCGCAGGUGAACAUCGAGGGCCACGGGUGCGGCCGUCCGCUUCCGCCGCAGCCGACGGUGAAGGUGUACUGCCGCGCCAACCCCAACUACGCCAUGACGAUCCGCAACGGCAGGGUGGUGCUGGCGCCGGCGAACCCCAAGGACGAGUACCAGCACUGGAUCAAGGACAUGCGGUGGAGCACGAGCAUCAAGGACGAGGAGGGGUACCCGGCGUUCGCGCUGGUGAACAAGGCCACCGGGGAGGCCAUCAAGCACUCCCUGGGGCAGUCCCACCCGGUGCGCCUGGUGCCCUACAACCCCGACUUCCUGGACGAGUCGGUGCUCUGGACGGAGAGCCGCGACGUCGGCAACGGCUUCCGCUGCGUCCGCAUGGUCAACAACAUCUACCUCAACUUCGACGCCCUCCACGGCGACAAGUGGCACGGCGGCGUCCGCGACGGAACCGAGAUCGUGCUCUGGAAGUGGUGCGAGGGAGACAACCAGCGAUGGAAGAUCCAGCCAUACUACUGAUCGAGAAGACUCAGAUCAUCAUCAGCAACUCAGCAUCAUCGUCCCGUACUACAGUAGCUACGUACUGCUGGAUCUUAAAAUGAAUAAUUGAGCCUUCUUGUCCUGCUGCUGCCUUGCUUUUGUCUAGCUAAGCAUGCUUAGAUAGAGAAAGCAGGAGGCAGGAGCUUACUACUUACUGUCAUGUACACGUUGCAGCUAUAUGUAUAGUAAUCAGUUGCAAUCCUACUACGUACAAUAAAUUAUCUAAUAUUUGGUGUA